AAGAAUUUCAAUGGAACCCUAUUAAGCACAGGUUUUUAGUGAGAGAAAGAGUGUGAAACUCUAUUAGCAUUUCUACUUUCUCUCUCUAGAAAAAACGAGCCCCUUAGCGUAAAGUUUCUGCGACCAAAAAAAAAAGGAAAAAAAUUCGAUUCAAUUCAAUGGCCAACAGCAAUCUUCCUCGAAGAAUUAUUAAGGAAACUCAACGUCUUCUCAGCGAACCCGCGCCGGGAAUAAGUGCGUCUCCUUCGGAAGAAAAUAUGCGAUACUUCAAUGUCAUGAUUCUUGGUCCAACACAAUCUCCUUAUGAAGGAGGUGUUUUCAAACUGGAACUCUUUUUGCCUGAAGAGUACCCAAUGGCUGCUCCGAAGGUUCGAUUUCUCACCAAAAUAUACCAUCCCAACAUUGAUAAGCUUGGUAGGAUAUGCCUUGAUAUUCUCAAGGACAAGUGGAGUCCUGCUCUUCAGAUUCGUACCGUUCUUUUGAGCAUUCAAGCACUUCUGAGUGCACCAAAUCCAGAUGAUCCACUCUCUGAGAACAUUGCGAAGCAUUGGAAGUCGAAUGAGGCUGAAGCUGUUGAAACGGCUAAAGAAUGGACCCGCCUGUAUGCAAGCGGUGCCUGAAACGGCACGACUAAGUGAUUUUGAAAAAAAAAAAAAAAGAUGUGGAAUGUAAUUUAUCCACUGUCUAAUCAGGGGACUUUGGAGGACUGAAAGCUAAAUGCUUCAAAUUACCAUCUAUAAUAUUUUCCCUACCCUUGAAACUGUAUAAUCAAAUAUUGCACCUUUUUAUUCCAAGUUGAAGAAAGUUUUUACUAUGACAGAAACGGUUCUGAAGUGAAAGAAGUAUCAUAUGAGAGACUAGUUAUUUCCUUUUUCCAAUCCUGAAACUGGAGGAUUGCUGCUGCAGCAGCAAAUAUUUAUCUGCAUUAUUAAGGGUUAAUCAUGUUCUGAUUUCCAA